CUCCUCUUUAGCCCCCGUACGCCACAGAAAACUCGCAGAAGUGAGGGAAAACCAAGAAAAAAAAACAUUUCCUGCUUCCAAAUUUUGUCGGAAUUUUGAAGGGAAGAGGAAGGAUUCGGAGGUGGUGAUGGCUUCCGCUACCGCUUCCAUCUCGUCCCACUCCGUCGCCCUCCGCGACCUCAAAGCUGCGAGGAUUGGAGCCGUGAAGCAGCAGGUGGCCGCGGCCCCGGCGGCGGGCACGGCGGCGGCGAGGGCCCAGCGCGCGAGGGCGGUGCGCCCGCUGCGCGCGGCGGAGCCGGCGAGGCAGCCCGUCUCCGCCUCCGCGGCGGCGGCGCCGGCCGCCGCGCCCGUGGCGGAGGACGCCGCCGCCGCCGCCGUCGACGCCCCUGCUCCGGCCGUGGACUACGAGGCCCUGGCCCAGGAGCUGCAGGGCGCGUCGCCGCUGGAGAUCAUGGAUCGGGCACUCGCCAUGUUCGGAUCCGACAUCGCCAUCGCCUUCAGCGGGGCGGAGGACGUGGCGCUGAUCGAGUACGCGAAGCUGACGGGGCGUCCGUUCCGCGUGUUCAGCCUGGACACGGGGCGGCUGAACCCGGAGACGUACCAGCUGUUCGACAAGGUGGAGAAGCACUACGGGAUCCGGAUCGAGUACAUGUUCCCGGACGCCGGCGAGGUGCAGGCGCUGGUGCGCGCCAAGGGCCUCUUCUCCUUCUACGAGGACGGCCACCAGGAGUGCUGCCGCGCCCGCAAGGUGCGCCCGCUCCGCCGCGCGCUCCGCGGCCUCAGGGCCUGGAUCACCGGCCAGCGCAAGGACCAGUCCCCGGGCACCCGCGCCGCCAUCCCCGUCGUCCAGGUCGACCCCUCCUUCGAGGGCCUCGCUGGCGGCGCCGGCAGCCUCGUCAAGUGGAACCCCGUCGCCAACGUCGACGGCAAGGACGUGUGGACCUUCCUCCGCGCCAUGGAUGUCCCCGUCAACGCCCUGCACGCCCAGGGGUACGUCUCGAUCGGGUGCGAGCCGUGCACCAGGCCCGUGCUUCCCGGCCAGCACGAGCGGGAAGGGCGGUGGUGGUGGGAGGACGCCAAGGCCAAGGAGUGCGGCCUCCACAAGGGGAACAUCGACGACCAGGGUGGGGCGGCGGCGGCGGCGGCGCACAAGGCCGGCGGCGCCAACGGCAACGGGUCGGCCGGCGCGCCGGACAUCUUCGAGAGCAGCGGCGUGGUGAGCCUCACCCGCGCCGGCGUCGAGAACCUGCUCCGCCUGGAGAGCCGCGCGGAGCCGUGGCUGGUGGUGCUGUACGCGCCGUGGUGCCCCUUCUGCCAGGCCAUGGAGGCGUCCUACCUGGAGCUCGCCGAGAGGCUGGGCGGCGCGGGCGGCGGCGUGAAGGUGGGCAAGUUCCGCGCCGACGGCGAGCAGAAGGCGUUCGCGCAGCAGGAGCUGCAGCUGCAGAGCUUCCCGACCAUCCUCCUCUUCCCGAGCCGCACCGCGAGGCCGAUCAAGUACCCGUCGGAGAAGCGGGACGUCGACUCGCUCCUCGCCUUCGUCAACAGCCUCCGAUGAGGGAGAGACCCGAUCGGCACAGCCAUCAUUUGUUCUUGGCAUCCAAUGGCAAUCGACUUGGCGACGACCAUGAUCCGGUGUAUUAGUAUUAGGGUGAGAUGGGUUAAGUUGGGAAUCGGGGAGGUCAGAGGAAGGGGUCGGGGUCAGGGUUCAGAUGCAGUUGCUGCAUCUAUAGCUUUUGCUGCUACUGCGGGUUAAUCCUGGAAAGCUUCUCUUCUUUCGGAGGAAGAGGGUAAUUUGGGUCGUCGUGUGUACUUGUAGCUAGUAAUAACAGAGGAUUGUAAGGGUAAAUUUAAAUAAAAAAUUUUGGUUAUGGAGCUUUUUGUCA